AAAUUAGCACUGCUGAUUACUAUCAAGUGCAGUUACUCCUACUCUUACUCUUAUCUACUCUUGACAUUAUUUAUCUGCUAGGAAUAAUUAUUGUGGCCUUGCUAAAUAAGACUAGUGAAGACAAUGAGAGGAGUACUUUGUUUGCUUCUUGCUACCACCAUCACUGCAGGUUACUGCUCAUCCAGUCUUCAAUGUCAAGAAUAUAAACUGAAUAAUUCUCAACGUUACUACAAAAUUAAUUGUGAGGCUCCCACUUCUCGAUACGACACUCUGGAACUCCUUUUUGAUGAUGUAUUACAGAAGAGGAGCACACAAGGAAAGUAUCCUUCGCCAGCUGUUGUAACUAAGGUGAUGCGUACUAAUCCUGAACCAAAUCUACUUGUUUUGGAGUCAAUUCUGAAGCUUGAAAUCAACUACAGUAACAAAAUAGAAGUUGUGGCAUGGAAAUUCCAAAACGAAACAGAUCAACCUCUUUUGCAGGAUUUUAGAAGGGUCCUCAACUACACAACACUACUAUUCCCAACUAUCUCACCACAACCAACUAACGACAGCUGUGACGAAAUUAAUCAAGACAAGCGUCUGAAUGUGUCUGUUGCGCUAUCUGGAACUACUCCUAACUGUCAAGCAUAUCAAAUCGGACAGAACAAUGGCAGUGCGUAUGUCCAAGUGGAAUGUACAGUUGGACCCCUGGCUCGAUAUGAUGUACUGCACUUACUAUAUAAUAAUAAAAUAGUGGCAAGUCCAGAGUCAUAUACUAUAACAAGAUUUAGCAAUACGACUGAUGCAGGACAAUAUAGUAGUCACGGUUUAAUAACAAUUCUGGCAAUUAACAAUAACACUUUAGUACCAGUAUGUGCACUCGAGAAAAAAAUGCACCAGCAGGAACAGAAACAAACCUGCAUAAACCUCAAUCUCACAGUUUCAUGGUUGCAACCAGCUCAAGAGCUCAAAAACUGCAACAAUGACACACCUUUCAUUAUAGAUAGUCUCAACAUCGGCCUUGGUACAGGCCUCUCAAUCGUCCUGGUUCUUAUAGUAAUACUGUUAUUGUUAGGAGGAGUUAUUUUAUUUUAUAUUUGGUGGAGGAAAAAAUCUAAAAGAAAAUUGGAUUUGGAUAUUGAAGCAAACUCAUCUUUCACAGGUUUAACUCUCAGGACUGAUCAUACUACCAUCGUUGACAGUUGACAGAACACAUUAUCAAUUGCAUACUUAGUGACUAUUAAGUUCAAACUCAUCUACCAUAUAAUUAUAGGUAAGUACAAGUUAGAGGAGCUAUAGGUAAAAUGUAUACAUGUUAUACCACCAUCUGUUCACAGGUUUACGUACUCUAAGGACUGAUAUUCGUUGAUGAGUACAUACCAAUUGCAUCAUGCAGUGACUAUUAACUAAAAUGGAUUCAUUCAUAUUAAUGAACUGUUUACUGUAUACACCUCAUGGCCCCCCCCCCCCCCCCCGGUGCUUUACCUGGGGAAUUCCCAACAAAGUACACAUGUUGCCCUAUAAAUAUUAGGUAAUUAAAUCAUUUAACACACCAGUUCAAUCGCAAUGAUACUUCUCAGAGAGCUCAUCUUCGUUAUACUGUACUCUAGCACAGUACGCUCACAAAGUUUGCCGAAUUCAUUCAAGGCACCAGACACAGACACGAUGCAAGUCGAAGUGGGGAAAUGGAAACAAAUGGAAUUUGUAAUUUCCUAUGAUACUCCCCGUAAUACAUCGUCAGAGAGGUAUUUCCCGCGUGUAUUUUUCAAAUCUAAGUGUGCUACUAAUGUUGAGGGGGCAGGCUUCCCAUUUGAGAUAUUCAACUUUCCGAGCACGUACCUAUUGCCCAGAACGGGUGCUUAAUGAGCAGGGACACCACAAUAUCACCUGUGAUAGGAUAGUGGUUCUAGUGCAAGGUCAGCAAAGUUUGCACGGGCAAAUAGUCAGCUUGUGUCUACACACAACGACUCGCGUAAACAUCCUCCUACCACAAGAGUUCACCAUUGAGGUUCUUUCUAUAGAAACUCCUGUAACUCAUCCAGGAUAUAUCGAGAACAUAGCACUACCUAACAAUAGGACUGGAGAGAUUACGAUUAAUGUUGCUAUUCUGGUGGUUCCUAUUGGGGCACUCAUCAUACUUUUGCUAGGAGCAGCUUUUAUCAUAUUCAUAUUGCUGUGUAUAGCUAAGAAACCACCAAUUGAUAAAAGUUGUGAGGGAGCUGACGAGCGUUCUAGAUGGUGUGCUGCUAACAAAUAAAGGAAAUGCCUGCAUGCAUGGCUACACCAUACAGUCCAAUACGCACUCCUUCAAAGAAGGAAAUAGUCAAAUCGAGCUGCCUUUAAAAGUGACAAGCUCCAACAUGCAAGAUUACUACCCUACCAAUUAACAUGCAUACAAUUGUAAUAGCUUACGAUGGACAUAAACUAUUUUGCUUAGCUGUAUAUAUGUAUAUAAUUUAUUGCUCGUUGUGGUCAGACAUCAAAGGAUUAUACUACUGUUGA